CACAUGACCAUCACCGCAGCAGAUUUGAAUUGUUUGCAAGGUUUUUACGGUUUGAAUGCAGGGGCGAAAAUAGUGUUCAGAAGAACUCAAGAUCUGAUCUGGAUCGGUCUAUUUCUUCCCAGAGAGAGGAGCAAAUUCCGGGAUGGAUUCACAAGCCAAGCGUGAUAUGUUCUUUCUGCAAGACGAGAAGUUUGACUUCGAUGUUUCCCUUUCACCUGCCAGCUCCAAAGGUGAUGAAGAUGAAGAUGAGGUGUUUGUGGGUCCAGUCAGCCAUGAGGAAAAAUGUGUUUCUGCUAAUGUAGCGUCUCAGCUUGAAGAACGUUGUGGUGGUGUGCGGGUGAGCUGGAGCCCUUUGACUGGAGAUCAGCUGGAAUCUGUGUGUCAGGAAGCUCACAGACUAGCCAGUCAGUUGCUGAAUGGAGAGUCACACAGCAAAGAUGCCAACACCGCCCACACCCUCACUGACUACCCACAAGAGGAGUUUGUCCACGACACUGAAGCCAAACAGGGUAUGCUGGGUCAGACCGCCAGUGCACUCAGCCCCAUCAAAAGACAAACCUUUUGCGUGCAGGACAGUCCCAUGAGACAGCUGCCUCCUGCUAUCCAGCGCCAGCUGCUGAGGGGGAGCAGACCCAGCACGGCUUCAUCCACCCGCCCCACAGUCACGGCCAGACUCAGUACCUCCAGCCCUGUGGCUGGAGCCAGGGUUCAGCCAAGGACGUCACUCCGAGGGAAAUCUACGCUAGGUGUUGCCGCCGUGCUGCCGAGCAAACCGGUCGCUCCAACAGUUUCCUGCUCAACCAGCAAGAGCAGAGUCAACAAAGCCAGACUGCAGCCACCGAGUAAAACAUCUGGCAUUGUGAGGAAGAGUCUGUCCUCUCGUCCCUCCAGCAGAGCAAAGUCCUGUGAGGAUUUACUGUCCGACUCGGCAAGCGUGGCCUCUGACAUCAGUGACUCUUCCCUUAACUCCAGCCUGUUGGGAAAACGCCCGCUGGCUCCACCCACCAAGAGUGUUGGAGUGAGGAGCCUUUCAGGAAUUAAAGCUCCGCCCCUUCAGAACAGGAGGGUGACUGACAGGAAGAACACGUCCUCGUCUUCAUCGUCUGUGUCCAGCUUCAACUCCAGCAUCUCUCUGUCCCCUGCUAAAGGUAACAUGAACUCCUCUCUUAAUCGGAGUCUGAGCACCUCCACUGGACCCGCCCCCAGCAGUGUUAGCAGACCAGCCAAUCCCAGCAGAACUCGCCGCUCCACCGUCUACGCCUCCACAGAGACGGCGUCCUCCAUUACAGCUCGACGCUCGCUGUCCAUUCAAGCCAAGAAGCUGCCUGAAACGGAGCGGCUCAAAUCCAGUAAGUGCACGCCACUGAGGAGAAUUGAGGCCACGCCCCUUCAACCAACUCCCACAAAGAGAGUCGUGGAGAGGACUGCCUCCGUUCCCACCGCAGCACCAGUCCAGCAGCAGAGUGGACUGAAGGCUAAACCUAAACCUGAGGCUCUACUCCUUCCAACACCCAGCACAGCAGGAAAAGGAGUUCGCCAAGCAAAAGAUGUUUCAAAGGUUUUGAAGCCAAAGAGGCUCAUGUCAGCUGGCAGCACAGACAGUCUUUCUCAGAAGCCAUCUGCUGGUCCUCUGACGCCCUCUGUGGGCAGCUGUAAGUCGCUGGAGGUGAAGGCGCGUCGCCCCUCUGCCCUCCCUACCCCAGUUAAACGCAGGAUGUCGGCCGUUCCUGCUCCCACAGCCCAAACUAUCCGGUCCCUAGCAGUUAUGGACUCCGACACUGCUCCUACCCCUGCUUCAGCAAGGAAGGCUCACAGCUAUAGCCCAGUUCCAAAAGAGACAAAGGAGGAGCAACCCGUUGAUCCCCCUGACAUUCAGCCCUUCUCUCUGGAGGAAAAGGAGUCUCUUACCACUCAACCCACUCAAACAGAAAUCAUGGAUCAUGAAGCCCUGACGGAGAGCGAGGCUGUGCCCACUACAAGUCUGGUCAAAGUGGAGGCUACAGAGGUGACUACAAGCAAGACACGAGAGGUUCUCCUCCUAGAUCUUCCAGUUCCAACACCACAGCCUCAGGAGAAGUUGCUCAUUGACCUGACCAACACCCCCGACUUGAUCCGCACCAGUAACAAGAACUGCACUACUAGUCAGCAGCUGAUUGACCUGAGCUCCCCUCUGAUCAAAUGGAGUCCAGAUGAUAAAAGAGAGAACAACGCUCCACUCAUCAACCUGUCCUUCUGAGCCACGUCCUCCUGAAUUCCUGGAUCUCUGCAGUUAUCUGGAAUUGGCAGGUUUUCCUUUUCAGAAACUAAUAACCUGAUGAGUUGAUGAUUCGUUAUCAGUGAAAUAUUUACUGAAGCAGAGUAUUAUGUUUUAAAUAAUGAAAAUAAUCAAAGACUCUUUUAGUUUUCCGUGUCUGAUUUUGUCAUUUUGAAUAAAUGUUUAUUAUUGUAAACGUU